AUGGAAAAUGUAUCAGCUGUGAAAGUGUUCAGUCUAUCUGGGUUCAAUGAAACUUGGGCAAUUCGUUACUUUUUAUUUUCUCUGACUCUGCUUGUAUAUAACUUAAUUUUGUUUGUAAAUGUGAUGCUAAUUCUCACUAUUAUAUUACAAAAGACCCUCCAUGAGCCUAUGUACAUCUUUCUGUGUAAUCUGUGUAUUAACACACUCUAUGGAACUGCAGGAUUCUACCCUAAAUUCUUGUAUGAUAUACUCUCUGGCUCUCAUGUGAUCUCAUAUGACGGAUGCUUUGUGCAGAUAUUUGUGAUCUACACUUCUGUAAAGUGUGAAUUUGCAACAUUGACUGUGAUGGCUUGUGAUAGGUAUGUGGCUAUAUGCAAACCAUUAAUGUAUCAUUCCAUCAUGACUGAUCAGAUGGUGUGUAAAUUAAUAACAUUUUGCUGGAUUUUCCCGUACAUCACUAUGUCCUUGCUCGUAGCACUUUCAAGAAGACUUACAUUAUGCGGUUCUCAUAUUGAUAAACUUUAUUGUGAAAACUGGUCCACUGUGAAGCUUUCUUGUGAAGAAACAGUUGUAAAUAAUGUGGCUGGGUUUAUUGUUAUAGCAAUAUUUUUUAUAUUUGCUAUUCUCACCAUGUUUUCAUAUGUUAAAUUGGUUUCUGUUUGCACAAAAAGCAGAGAAAAUAGAAUGAAAUUUAUGCAGACUUGUGUGCCGCAUUUAUUUGCAUUAACUAAUUUCACAAUCACUUUGUUGUUUGACACAAUGUAUAGUCGGUAUGGAUCAAGGAAUAUCUCAGAUCAUUUGCGCAAUUUUUUGGCACUGCAAUUUCUCAUCAUCCCUCCUCUUUUCAAUCCAAUUAUUUAUGGACUAAAACUGACUGAGAUUCGCAAAAGGCUGCUGAAGGGUCAUAGAGUAAAGUAG